AUGACCAUCGAAUCAAAAGAUCUUCGCAGCGUAGACAGGAUAGGUCUGCAUUCACACGUGCACUCUCUCGGCGUGGUUGACAAUAAGAUACAUGAUGGUUCUGGCCUUGUUGGCCAGGAGAAAGCAAGAAUUGCCCUGUCAUUAUCAAGGGAGCGCUCUCAUAUAGCGUUGCUCCAUGGACCGAAAAAUUCGGGGAAGUCAGCUUUGGCCACAGCGCUAUCGAAAGACACGGAAAACAGUGUUUAUAUUUCUGCUGCGCAGAUAGAAAGUGUGGAGGAACUGGAUAAAUUGAUCCUUUCGGUGCAGGUUGUGGUGCUAAUGGAAGAAACAACCGUGAUUGAAGGUGAAAUAGUAUCGAUUUCCGGGAACAAUAUGACGCUAAGAACAACAGACAUGGAGAGCAACUUCACUGUCCGAGAAAUAAUUGGUUUUACGGAAGGAGACGUUCUACAAAUUGUAAAUGGAACGAUAAAACGCAUGGGAACCACACGUACGGGCGAAUCCAUUGAUCCAAAUGUGCCCAUUGUCGGGACACCGAAGGGAAACCUAGUCCAAAAAAAGAUUUUGAGAAAACGGACAACGUUCGCGAAUUUGAUAGAAAAUAAUGACAAGAAUGCAGACAAGUACCUUAUAUAUGAGAAGGUAACAGAUUGGAUUGCAGAGAACAAGGCUGAGAUUCCAAAAAGCACAUUAAUAAUCGAUGAGGCUCAUCUUCUUGACGAAAGAAUGCUUAACUACCUGUUCAAGAUAAGUGAGCUGGUACAUCCUCCGUUUAUUCUCCUUGUUUCUAAGGAUGACAUUGAUGAAAACAGACUGCUAAAGAUAAAAACAUUAACGUACACCGACAAGGAAAAAGAAAAAAUUCUCAAGCUACGCGGAUUGGAGGAGGAAAUUGUGCUGAGUGACGAUUUGAUAAACAAUCUGUUGGAUAUAGAACGUAAUAUGGGAAUGAGAUACGCUAUUAAUGCUGUAACGCUUGUUGGUGUUCUUGCCAGUUUUUAUCAAAGGGAUCCUAACGUGAACGAUUUGAAAUGUGUUUGUGAUUUAUUUUUGGACGUGAAGCGUGCGAAAGAGGCAUUUUUGUAAGGAUGUUGAAUAAAUGUUGGCAAUUUAUUACCAUUA